AUGCCUCUGGUUUUACAGUACUUUUACCGCUUCACAUAUUACUAUUCGCUGGCAUUCGGUUUGCUUCGGUUCGAGUAUGACUUCCACAGAGGUAACGUACGACCUACAUUCCGCGUCGCGCUGUACGCUUUGCUGUCCAACCUGUUGAUAGUGUCAUUGUUGCCGCAGCAGUUUAAGCUCGACAUUGUGGGCAUUGCGCACAACUCCAAGGCGCGUGAUCUCUUUCAGUUCCUCUACGUGUCGUUGUCCUUGGCUCGGUCGGUCGCGUGCGUGCUCAUUUUAGCGCUUUAUUGGUGGCGGCGUCACGAUGUAAUCGCGCUCAUCAUAGACUUUCAGCGUCUGGUUCGUGUACGAGCCGGUCAUUUUCCACACUCGACAGUGUCGGUGCGGCGCUUUCGCUAUGCUUUAUUGCGGAAGCUUUUGUUUAUUUGCGCCACCGAUAUGCUGCGUUUCCUGAUGGCAUGGCACUCAGGCAAAUGGCGGGACCAACAGAGCAUUAUACUGAUGACCAUUUACUUCGCUCUACUUAGUCAAGUGGUGAAUCACUUCUUUUUCGGCAUGUGUGUUUUGAAUUUCUACCUGGAAGCACUCAAUGAAGAACUCCAGAGCAUUGUGGAUGCUGUCGCGUUGUUGGCGGCACAACGGCGUCUGUGGCCGCACAAUUUUCCACGACGCUGCGCACGGCUUAUCAAUCAAUUCAAUGAAUUGAUGGCGACCCGACAGAAGCUGUUGUGCUUUGCCGAUCGGCUGACCGUAGUAUUGGGGGCGCAGUCGGGCUGUGUGAUAUUCGUGUUUUAUUUGUAUAAUGUCAGCAUGGUAUAUUUGCUAUAUUCCCUAACAAAACCGCACGAGGCUGUGCUACUGGACAUGCCGCCGUGGGCCAUUACAUGCUUUCUGAUUGUUACAGCGAUCUACUGUGCCGAUACUUUGGAGGUGCUCUUCGCCUUUCAACGCCUGCAGAAGAAUUUUGCGAGGUCGAGCAGUUUUACCUCCAAGAAGCUUGUCACUCAUAUCAGCCGAUGA